AUGAAUGUUCAGGAACAUUUCGAGCAAUUAGGAGGCAUUGAAAGACGUGUCCUUGUAGACGACAUCCUUGAGGAGGACACCCAGUCCGAUGGCGAGCAUGAAGACGAAAUUGAGGAUGUUGCCCAAGCUGCUGCAGACGACCAUGCCGACUUGGUAGCUUCGCUGGCUGCUGCUGGAGACGGGUUUCGACAAGAAUAUGAUGUUCGAAAUACUGUGGACGAGGGUGUCUCUGCUUUGCGGAAGUUUGUACAUUUGAUGCCCCUUCAUUUUCUGGGAUUCUCUCUCAACCCUGCUUCUGGUGGGUACGUGUACAUUGGAGAUAUGAAGUUUUUUGACCAGCACAUUCUGAAAACUCCAAACGGUUGGAGGACAAACAUGACUGGAAACUAUUACCUCUUCCAUGCAAUGAGUCCUGACUUCCUCAGUAUUCGUACCGGGAUAUCCUGGAUUCUGGAAUGUGAUGGAUUCAGUUUGUCCAAUAUGGAUUACACAACGGCCCGCCGGCUCUGCACGGAUAUAUACUCAUUCUACCCUGUUGUGGUGCAACAGCUCAAGUACUAUCACUGCAGUAUCUUCUUCAACAUUUUGCUUUCCUCCACCAAAGCAUUCCUGCCCAAGUCUGUGAAAUCCAAAUUCCGUGUUGGCUGUGUCUUUCCGUCAGGCCGGUUGGAUGGCUUGUGUUUGGUCCCGGACUUGCAAACCGCAAUGGAACGAAUCAUUCAACAGAUGCAGGAGGGUGUCAGGAGGCGGUAUGCUAUGGAGGCUGCUUUUCGGCUCUGA